AUGUUGGCAGCGAUAGCGAAAACAGUCAUCCCUACACCAAUACCCCCGUCAUACCAGGUAGAAACAGCGAAAACAGUCAUCCUUACUCCCCUACCCCUAUCAUACCAGGCAGUGACAGUGAAAACAGUCAUCCCUACACCAAUAUCCCCAUCAUACCAGGCAGCAACAGUGAAAACAGUCACCCAUACCCCCAUCAUACCAGGCAGCAACAGUGAAAACUGUCAUCCCUACCGCAAUACCCCCAUCAUACCGGGCAGCAACAGUGAAAACAGUCAUCCCUACACCAAUACCCCCGUCAUACCAGGUAGAAACAGCGAAAACAGUCAUCCUUACCCCCCUACCCCUAUCAUACCAGGCAGCAACAGUGAAAACAGUCACCCAUACCCCAAUACCCCCAUCAUACCAGGCAGAAACAGUGUAAACUGUCAUCCCUACCGCAAUACCCCCAUCAUACCAGGCAGCAACAGUGAAAACAGUCACCCAUACCCCAAUACCCCCAUCAUACCAGGCAGCAACAGUGAAAACUGUCAUCCCUACCGCAAUACCCCCAUCAUACCGGGCAGCAACAGAGAAAACAGUCAUCCCUACACCAAUACCCCCAUCAUACCAGGUAGAAACAGCGAAAACAGUCAUCCUUACCCCCCUACCCCUAUCAUACUAGGCAGCAACAGUGAAAACAGUCACCCAUACCCCAAUACCCCCAUCAUACCAGGCAGAAACAGGGAAAAAGUCACACCUCCCCCAAUAGCCCCAUCAUACCAGGCAGCAACAGUGAAAACAGUCACCUAUACUCCAAUACCCCCAUCAUACCAGGCAGCAACAGUGAAAACAGUCACCCAUACCCCAAUACCCCCAUCAUACCAGGCAGCAACAGUGAAAACUGUCAUCCCUACCGCAAUACCCCCAUCAUACCGGGCAGCAACAGUAAAAACAGUCAUCCCUACACCAAUACCCCCGUCAUACCAGGUAGAAACAGCGAAAACAGUCAUCCUUACCCCCCUACCCCUAUCAUACCAGGCAGCAACAGUGAAAACAGUCACCAUACCCCAAUACCCCCAUCAUACCAGGCAGAAACAGGGAAAAAGUCACACCUCCCCCAAUAGCCCCAUCAUACCAGGCAGCAACAGUGAAAACAGUCACCGAUACUCCAAUACCCCCAUCAUACCAGGCAGCAACAGUGAAAACAGUCACCUAUACUCCAAUACCCCAGUCAUACCAGGCAGCAACAGCGAAAACAGUCACCCAUACCCCAAAAGCCCCAUCAUACCAGGCAGCAACAGUGAAAACUGUCAUCCCUACCCCAAUACCCCCAUCAUACCAGGCAGCAACAGGGAAAAAAGUCACACCUCCCCCAAUAGCCCCAUCAUACCAGGCUGUGACAGUGAAAACAGUCAACCAUACCCAAUACCACCAUUAUAA